UUAGAGAGACUCUCAAGAGUUUUGCCUUUAUUCUUUAUUCCUUGUUGCAUCUGGCCUGGAGUGGGAUUCCCCACCCACCUUAUUACUUUUGGUUUUUUGUUUGGGUUUUUUUUUGCCUUCAUUUUAUUUAUCUCCCUCUGCUUGCAUACCUCAUCACCUGAACAUUUGUGAGCAGCAACUGUCCCUGUUGGUUGCACCAUUAACUCCUGUGAUAAUUAGCCUACAGUAGCUUUAUUUGUACAUCCUGACACCUAAAGAAGAAAGAAAAUGGCUUGUGCUGAGUAUUCCUUUCAUGUGCCAAGUUUAGAGGAGCUUGUUGGAGUUCUGCAGAAGGGGCUAAAGGAUAACUUUGCUGAUGUCCAGGUCUCUAUAGUUGAUUGCCCUGAUUUGACUAAGGAGCCAUUUACCUUUCCUGUAAAAGGCAUCUGUGGGAAAACUAGAAUUGCAGAAAUAGGAGGUGUGCCUUACUUAUUGCCUCUUGUAAAUAAAAAAAAAGUUUAUGAUCUAAAUAAGAUUGCAAAAGAAAUCAAGCUACCUGGAGCUUUUAUUCUUGGAGCAGGGGCAGGCCCAUUUCAGACCCUUGGAUUCAAUUCUGAGUUUAUGCCAGUCAUUCAAACAGAAAGUGAACACAAACCUCCUGUAAAUGGAAGUUACUUUGCCCGUGUUAACCCUGCAGAUGGAGGGUGCCUACUAGAGAAAUACAGUGAGAAAUAUCAUGAUUUUGGGUGUGCAUUACUGGCUAAUCUUUUUGCCAGUGAGGGCCAACCUGGAAAGGUCAUUGAGGUGAAAGCCAAAAGAAGAACUGGAAUACUUAAUUUUGUGACUUGUAUGAGACAGACUCUUGAAAACCAUUAUGGAGAUAAGCCUGUAGGGAUGGGAGGUACUUUUGUAAUUCAGAAGGGAAAAGCGAAGACUCACGUUAUGCCUGCAGAAUUUUCUUCCUGCCCAUUGAACUCUGAUGAAGAGGUGAAUAAAUGGUUGCGUUUUUAUGAGAUGAAGGCUCCUUUGGUUUGUCUGCCAGUUUUUGUCUCCAGAGACCCAGGGUUUGAUUUGCGACUGGAGCACACUCACUGUUUUAGUCAUCAUGGAGAAGGGGGACACUACCAUUAUGACACUACCCCAGAAACAGUGGAAUAUCAUGGCUACUUCUUACCUGCAGAGUUUCUCUAUCGCAUUGACCAACCAAAAGAGACCCAUUCAUUUGGGCGAGAUUAAAUCAACUGAUAUUUAGAAAAAGAAAUGAUUAACUAAGGUUAAUUGAUUGAUUAAUUCAUUGAUACAUAUAUAAAAUCCAAUAGAAAUGAUCUCACUACUUACACCCUAUUUUUUUGGGCUUUGAAAUGAAACGUAUGUUGACAUGGCUCUGUAUUAUUUUGUAGAUCUAUCUGCAAAGUUUAUUGGGAACAAAGAUACAUAAUGGACAUGUUCUUCGUUAUUUUUUUAUUCUAAAAAUCAGUCCUAUAUUUAUACCUUAAAUAUAAACAUGAUCUGGAAUUAUGUGAUUGAUUAUUUUUACUAUUUAAUAGUAAUAACUUACAUUUGUUUAACAUUAUUAAAUUUUCCAAAUUAGUCUCACAACUGCUAAUUGGAUCUUUCUGAGUAUUAGAAAAAUCAAUGUUGGAAAUUUUGAUAGUUGUUGAAUCUUUGUAUUGAAUAUUAAAAAUCCAUUUUAGAAGUCAGAGUAUACUUUUUUCAUGGAAUAAGGUGGUCAGAGGGAGUAACUUUACCCCUUUUGGUGCAGUUGCACCACACUCAGUUUGCAAUUUGCCUUUCACAAACAUUAGCAACUAGAUGGUUAGCCAUGAUUCCUCCUUUGUUUGGAUUGCCAACUGGAAGCAGUUAGUGCCUGGUUGGUUAUUUGUAAGAAGAGAAGGGAAAAGAAACAGCAUCAAAAUACAACAUUGAAGUGAGUGUACUUUAUAAAUGAGGCUAUUGCUAAACAUGACCACUGUCUUUCGUGAAAUAUAAAAAUUAUACUCUUACUAAUUAUGGUUGAAAUUUUCCUCAAUGUUCUCCUAUAAUAAUCAUUAGCCAAAA